ACAUUGGUGCGUUGAAGUUUCGUCUUUUACGAGUGAAAAUCGGUGAUAUUCGAACGUUUUUCUUGAAUCUUCCUUUGAAGCGAAAAGCUCGUCAUGUUGGAGGAUUUAUGUGCGAGUUCCUUCCAUCACGAUGUGUUUGAGAGGAGGAGAUUUUAAGGGGAUUGUCCCUAAACGUUUGCUGCGUGAAUCGAAGGGCGGAUGGUUUGUUGUUGUGAUGGUCUACGUUCCGUGAUUUCUGCUUCGUCUUCUUCUUCCGCCUUAAUAGAGUGAGCCCUGGCCCGCGCCCCUCGGAACUGUCACGUGACCUCCCCUGACCUGGGCCGACCUCCCGACCUGGGUUUUGACUUACCAGCAUGCAGCCCUCCGACAGUGAAGACGAGGUCGACUCACCCGAAGGACCCGGAGCGUCGCACAUCCCGGCCACUAUAUAUGUCAUUAAGUUCCAUCCGGCUGUCGCCAGGGAAGCGAUCGAGUGGCUGAUCGAGAAGAUCGAGGCCAAGCACAAGUAUGGAGGAGCAGAGUUGCUUGUCAGAUGCGAACCACAAAAACAAGGGCAGGGGGUUACCGUCCACGUGUCUGCCACCAAGAUCAAAUUGCUGGAGGUGGCGGAAUCGGCGGAUUUGCAGAAGAAAUCCAGUUCCGGAUUGAUUCAGGAAUUCAGCGUGCGUGACCUUGACCAGUUCCUGUACCCUGGUUUGACCUUGGACACGGUUCUCACGCCGGCCGAGAGGGAAUUCUGCGUGAGGCACGAGUUGGAUGCCAUCAGGGCUAAGCAGGAAGAGGGGCAUGUCCCGGGCCACCCCAAUGUUACUCUAUAUCCAGGGCAGUCUAUAGUCAGUGUAUACGUAGCCGAGGAGCUCAUAACAGACAUGUUUCCACUUCACGACCGCCAGGCUCUGGAAUCUCUGGCCUCUCGCUGGUACAAAGCUAUUUUCCAGUCAGCGCCUUUCGAAUUUCAGUCUAACCUUGCCGUGGAAGACAUGCCGAUCUUCCAAAGCGCCAGUGAAUUUGUAGAGAGGGUCCUCCCGGCAUUUAAACUACCAACGCUGGCAAUACCUUUUCCCAAAAGAAAAGAUGUUUGCGACCAAUAUGCCGAAGCCCCUGGAAGAGGGGAGAGCUAUUACACAGAGGAGAUCAGAUCCUACUUCGGGGAGUCGGUAGCGAUGUACUUCAGCUUCCUGGGCUACUACACGAUGGCCCUGGCCCUGCCGGCGGCCCUAGGCCUACUGCAGCUAGUGCUCUCCGUGGACACGCUGACGGAGUACGCCCUCUUCGCCGCCUUCAACCUCCUGUGGGUGACGGUCGUUCUUGAAUUCUGGAAGCGGAGAUGCGCCGAGUUAGCCUACAGUUGGGGAACUCUGGAGCGGCCGUGCCAGGUGGAAGCCCGUGCCAACUUCAUCGGCUCCAUGGAACAGAAUCCGGUCACUGGAAGGUUCGAGCCCGUGUAUCCGAUGUGGAAAACUCGGUGCAAGAUGUACUUUGUAACGUGUCCCCUGGUUGGCCUGUGCUUGUUGGGUUCCCUCUGGAUGAUGGUCAUGGCAUUUUGGGCUGAAGAGCAGCUAAUGGACUGGAAGAAGCGGUACGGAUCCAUCGCUGGAAUAUUCAUGCACGUCCCCUCAGCGUUCUACGCGGCCCUCGUCUGGCUCAUGAAUUACUACUACAAGAAGCUGGCGACGCGAAUGACUGACUGGGAAAACCACCGGACGCAGUAUGAAUAUGACUGGCACCGCGUCAGCAAACUUGUGGUUUUCGAGUUUGUUAAUAAUUUCUCGUCUCUCUUCUACAUUGCUUUCUACAUCCAGGAUAUGGACAUGCUGUGCUCGCAAGUGGCAACCAUGCUGAUUGUAACGCAGAUGAUCAAUCACUUCCAGGAAGCUCUUUUGCCCUACGUGGUCAAGAAGACCUACAAUCAGUUCGCAGACUCGGUGGUAACCAACCUGAAGAAACACCCCCUGACGGCGAAGCUCUUCGAGGAUGUAGCGAAGCCCUUGCGUGGAGCCCCGCUCGAGGAGCAGCCCGUGUCCAUUCUGGUCCUCGACCCCAAGGAUCCCCGGAUCAUCCAGGCUAGAGAAGAGGCUGAUCUUGAUCCCUACGAGGAUGCUUAUGACGACUACCUGGAGAUGUUCCUUCAGUUUGGGUAUGUGUUCAUGUUCUCUUCAGUCUACCCAAUGGCAGCCUUCUGGGCUGUCCUCAAUAACAUCCUUGAGCUCAAGACUGAUGCUUUCAAGCUGUGCCGAGUCUACCAGAGGCCUCGAGUGAAGAAGGUGGGAUCCAUCGGUGUCUGGCAGGGUGCCUUUGAGUUGAUUGGUGCCGUGGCAGUCAUGACCAACUGUGCCCUGUUGUGCCUUUCACCUCGUCUCCGUCCUUUGGCUCCUGCUGCCUCUCCAGUUGAGUGGGUUCUCCUCUUUGUCCUUCUUGAACAUCUCAUCCUUCUUGGUAAGAUGGCUCUGAUGUGGCUAGUCCCAGACCAGCCCCUUUGGGUACGCCAGGCACUCGAGAAGAUCAGCUACCAGUCGAAACUUGCACUGAAGAAUGAGCGUGGCAAGAAAACGAGGCGGCAUCUAUCACGGAGAUUUAGAAGUGUUCAUGGUAUGCCGCGAUCAGGGUCCCGUUCCAGAGGCACUACCCCUGUUGCUCAGAAUGGGGGUCUAAGACAUCGCACACCAUCUGGGAACUACAGGGAAUACUAAAUGUCCUGCUCAAGCCUGUGGAACAGUUAUUCCCCUGUCAAAAGAGUGAGAUAAAGAGGGCCAUGGCUAAGUCUAUGCAACGCCUUGGUGUUUUCUUGAAUACUGAAGAUUCUUGAGAAUCGUUCUAGAAAGAAGGCAAGAACAAAAGAGGACUCUGGGAUUUGUAAACUACAAUUUACAUUCUUCAUUCUGUGGCUCUUUAUCCAGCAUAAACAACUGAUAUACAUCAAGUUAACAGUUCUAGAUAAGUUUGUUUCUGAUCCAGUUCGUAAUGAAUAACCAUUUAGGUUUGCAGAGUUUGCAAAUCGACUUUCUAGCCCAAUAAAAUCCCUUCAUGUGUUCGAACAUAACUUACUGACCAAAGAAUUAUGGAAGAAACAGAGUAACUUAUAUUCCUUAUUGUUGUGGUCGCAUCAUUAUCCAGGUUAAGCAAGGAAAUCGCGUUGAAGCAGUAUUGACGACGUCUGUGGAACAAAUUUCCUGCACUUUAUUAAAUGCCACAUGAACUGGAUGAAGGAAGCCCUCUAAACUGCAUUAACAGAAAGAUAAACUCUGUUGUUACUGACGGAAUCAGAUGAUCCUCUCUGAUGAUUUAUUUAAUAGGGAGCUUAGGAAUGUCACACGACCACUUGUUUACUUCUUUCUCUGUUACUAACGUAGAUACCAAGUUAGCAUUAUGUGAGAGAGAGAAACAAAAAACUACUUACGAGUGGGAUAAAGAGCAGAUGAUAACUCUUGCCCUGAAAACUUGAAGUUUAAUGAGAGGGGGUACCUACUGAUUGUUGACAGAAAUAAGGGAAUCCUAUUGAAGGUUGUCUUCACCGAUCAUAUACGCUUGAUGAUAUACUUUCCUUUAUCAUCAUUAGCCGAAACAUUUUCCUGUUGUGGCAGUCUCGAGUCUUCAUCCUUCAGAAACUUUCGACUUAAAAUUGUUGCAGGAUGCACACAAGUCAUUCUUCACCAGACAAUUCUUUGGUCACAAUUUAGUUUUAGUUAUAUUUCUCAAAUAAGUCUUUAAGCAUUGUGUAAGUAUUUAAUGUAGCUUAACAUACAGUCUUCCAGUGUUAACAAUAUGGCACCAACAUACAGUCUUCCCUUAAACUAAAAACUUUGGUCACCCAAUUUUCGUAGAAGAAAAGUCGAGUCGGUUCAAAUUUCUCAGUUUUAUUGUAUAUUUUUCAUAUUUAUUUAUUCGGGCACAUUGUUUUUACCGCUGUUAUUAUUCUUAUCUCAAUUAUAGUUUGAGCACUUUCCCUGGUCUUUUAGUGUAGUACAUAUUUUAAAAGUCAGCAAAUAUGUUAUCAGUUUAUAAUCACAAAACUUGUUCAAAAUGUAUGAUUAGCUCCCCUGCCCUAUUAAUAGACUGGGUCAAGUUUUUUCUUUGUUUGUUUACAAUGCCAGAAUUUAAUGUUAUAUUCCUUAAAAUUUCGAAAGAAUUUUUGUGAAAGUUCACAGGAGACUGCGAAUAGGAGCGAAUGGAAGAACUUUCCAAAAAUACUUUGGCUGAUAAGAUAAUCUCUCUCUGUCUUGAUCUGGUGUUAAUUGCUUUACACGACUCAAGUCGAAUGUUUGAAUUUAGUGAUAGCUAUUAUUUCUCAAGGCGCAAAGGUUACUAACGCUCAAUUCAUUGUUAUUCCUGUUCAUUACGAGGCAGUAUCUACAGAUACGGGUAUGAUCAUUCACUAUGUUACGUAUGCAAGGGGCUCGAACAGACUAACUGAGUAUAAGGCAGGUGCUUGUUUCUUUACUCAUAACUAGUGUAACUUGAAAAGGAAGAUGAAAUUUGCCUGGAGCUCAUAACUUUCAGUAAGCUAAGUCCAGAUAGUCUGAACAGUGGUUAGUCACCCACUCAACACUGAAAGUGACAACUUUGAUGGGUGGAAAGCUCAGAUACACCGACUUGCAUUAAGUCAUGACACAUCCACACAUACCUAAGAUUUAUAAUUAUGACUGGCUGAUGCUUGUUCCAUUCUAAUGUUAAGGAUAAGAUGGUCGCACCCAUACGCAUCUAAAAAUUGCAACUACAACUGGUUGAAUGCUCAGUGAGCUGUUAUUGGUCUGAAGUUCAUCAUCACACAAAUGACAUUUGUUGAAUAGCUCCCAAAAGAUAAGGUGAAAAAUAACCCUUCUGGCAUUGCUUCUGUUCAACCUUGUGAACCGAAGUUGGACCAAUAAGAACAUUCUGAUCCAUGACAAAAACAGUUAUGCUACCUCACUAUCUUUCUCCUCCACUAAAUAUUUUUGAAGGUUUGCCUUACACUUUACCCCUAAUAUUUCAAGGUUUGCCUUAUAUUUUAGUCCCAUGUUUUAAAGGUUUACCUUACAUUUUAGCCUAAAUAUUUUUAAAGUUUUCCUUUUUAGUCAAAAUAUUUUAAAAGUUUUCCUUACAUUUUAGCCCCAUUUUUAUAGUCAAUUUUUAAAGGUUUAACUGACAGUUAUUCCCAUUUUUCGUACGUUGAAUUUUUUUAAGGUGAACAUUUACAGUCCAAGGUCUCAUUAUACAUUACCAGCUAAAAGAAGUAACCUGUAUACCUUGUACGCAGUUAUUGUAUAGAAAUUCUUGAGUGUGCAUGAAAAUUUCAAUUGAGUUUCAACAAUAUAGGGGUCGCCAGAAAUUGGUAUUGUGGCUCUUUUAAAGACAGCCACUGGUCAAGUUGCCCGUAACUGUAGUUACUUCAUUUGUCUUUAUUCAACUUUUUCUUUUUAUUCCUUUAGGCCUGUACUGUUUACUUACUGGUGAAAUGCUGGUUAUGAUUUAGAACACGAAGCCAACUAUGAUGCCAACUGUAUUCACAAGUCCACAUUCAAAUAAGCACUUGACUGUAUUGCACUGGUUUAAAUGAGGAUUCUCGACCAUCCUCCUAAAAAAUUACUUUUGGCGCUGAACAGCUUCCUACUCAAACAAUUAAAUGGAUACAUUUAUUAUAUAAGGGUAAUGGUGCUACCAUUGAUAUCAAAUCGAAGUUGGAAUAGACACAGUUACUGGCACUAAAAUAGACAUUAUAAAUUGGUUUGAAUUGAAGAAUCGUGUAAUUUAUCACUUAAGUUCUCUCUAUUGCAAAAACCCUACAUGGUCACCCAUCUAAGUACUACUGGUAGAUUCCAUUUCAUACCCCUGGGCAUGAACCCCUGAUUUAAUGGACGAUAACUGUUCAAUAUGAUAUUAAUUUAAAAACAUCUCAUUAUACAAGAACAUCAAAAGGAGUCGAACUUGUAAUCAGACCAUGCAUUUCACAAUGUUAAUCAUUGUAUAGUCAUGUUACUAAUAAUAGCCUGAGGAAAAUAUCACCCUUACUUUUCGGAGCUGCCGAAACUGUGGCAGGUCUUCCUUAUUUUGUUGUUAAUAACAUGGCCAUGAUCCGAACUGCCCCUCAGAGAGAAUCUGAUGUAGAUUAUCAUAGAUUUUGCUCAUAGCCGUCAUUCUCAACCCUUGUGUUUUUUGGAGUAUGAAAGGAUUUAAGAGAGGACAACGUCCACUCGAACUCAUUUCAUUGUUAUUUAGUGCAAAAGGCUUCAAGUUUGAAACUGAGGAACUGAAGCAGACCAGAUAAUUCUGAAUCAGUACCUAAGGUUUAGAAGCUUUGUAAAUAGAUGUAAAAUGUAAAAAGCUAAGGGCGAUUGGAUAUGCUCAGCAUAAGCUUAAAAAUGACUGCAAAGUUAAUUGCUUUAAUUUUUAAAACACGAUUUUGGGAUAUCUGAUUAGCCUAACUGGAAACGAGCAUCAGAAGAUUGGAUUUCCCUAAAUUUACUGUUACGGGGGGACAUCCAUGAAGCUUGAAGAGACUUAAAAAUAAAAUUUAAAUACUAAAAAAGUGUUCAUCUGAAGCGGGAUUCAUGUAUACCUGUAGAAAGUGAAUGUUCCAAAAUCACAAGGGUUCAAAUGCCAUUAAUCCAUUAAUUACUGAACCCUUCCCCCCCCUCCCCCACCCAGGUACACCAAUCUAGUCGCUAUAGUAGUACGCUGUGAUAGUAAUGAAUUUAUUUAAUUUGAAUAUUUUUUAUUUUUACUUGUGUUGUGUGUUUGCCCAGCAAGAGUGGUGCGAUGAGUUCAUGAAUGUGUAGUGUCAUCUUUUUCGGUGAUUGCACAGCAACUUAUUUAUAUAUAUAUAAGUGCAUGAAAUGGAUAUAAAAAAAAGAUGCUGAUUAUAGUGAAGUGUCAUAUUAUCUGUCGAAACGUUUGUACAUUUUCACCGAUGUACAAAUUCCCUUCGCUGCCUAUACUUUUUUUUCUUAUCUGAAAACUGUGGUGCUGAGAGAUUGUACUUUUGUUUUCUAAUUCACUGCUGAACACGUUAAGAGACAAAAUGCAGAUUUACGCUGAAUAAAUAAAUAAAAGAGUACGUCGGUUGAA